AUGGCCAAGAGGGGCUCCAGCAGCCGCGCCAGGGGGGACAAGCCCGACGCCCUGGCCGCCCUGCAGGCUGCCAACGAGGAGCUGCGGGCCAAGCUCACCGACAUCCAGAUCGAGCUCCAGCAGGAGAAGAGCAAGGUCAGCAAGUUGGAAAGGGAGAAAAAUCAGGAAGUGAAGCAGAUCAAGGAGCACGAACAGCAUAAAAGCACAGUGGUGGUCACAGAGCUCAAAGUCAAACUCCAUGAAGACAAAAUGAAAGAGCUCCAGGCUGUCCGAGAAACUCUUCUGAGGCAGCACGAAGCCGAGCUGCUCAGAGUGAUCAAAAUCAAGGACAAUGAGAUCCAGAGGCUGCAGACCCUGCUGAACGCCGUGCGGGAUGGGGCCCCUGACAAGGUGAAGACGGUGCUGCUGAGCGAGGCCAAGGAGGAGGCCAAGAAGGGCUUCGAGGUGGAGAAAAUCAAAAUGCAGCAGGAGAUCUCCGAGCUGAAGGGCGCCAAGAAGCAGGUGGAGGAGGCCCUGACGAUGGUGAUCCAAGCUGACAAAAUGAAGGCAGCAGAAAUCAGGAGCGUGUACCACCUGCACCAGGAGGAGAUCACGCGCAUCAAGAGGGAGUGCGAGCGCGAGAUCCGCAGGCUGAUGGAGGAGAUUAAGUUUAAGGACAGAGCAGUCUUCGUGCUGGAGAGAGAGUUAGGGGUACGAGCCGGGCAUGCUCAGAGACUGCAGCUCCAAAAGGAGGCUUUAGAUGAACAACUGUCCCAGCUCAAAGAGUCUGACCGGCAUCUGAGCAGCCCCAAGCGGGAACUUCCUUAUGCAAGUGGUGCAGGAGAUGCUUCAGAUCAUUCGGGAAGCCCCGAACAGCAGUUGGAUGAAAAGGACGCGCGGCGCUUCCAGCUGAAAAUCGCGGAGCUGAGCGGGAUCAUCCGCAAGCUGGAGGACAGGAACGCGCUGCUGUCGGAGGAGAGGAACGAGCUGUUGAAACGUCUCAGAGAAGCAGAAAGUCAGUAUAAGCCCAUUUUGGACAAAAACAAACGCCUCAGUAGGAAGAAUGAGGAGUUGUCACAUGCCUUACGUCGAAUGGAAAAUAAACUGAAAUUUGUGACGCAGGAAAACAUUGCCAUGAGGCAAAGAAGUGGAGCAAUAAGGAGACCAAGCUCCCUAAAUGACCUUGACCACAGCCAGGAAGAAAGGGAAGUGGAUUUCCUGAGACUACAAGUUAUUGAGCAGCAGAACAUCAUUGAUGAGCUCUCCAAGACCCUUGAGACUGCUGGCUAUGUGAAGAGUGUCAUGGAACGUGAUAAGCUGCUAAGGUUCAGGAAGCAAAGGAAAAAAAUGACAAGAAUUCCUAAGAAGCCGGUGGUGGAGACGUUCUAUGGCUAUGAUGAGGAGGCUUCCCUGGAGUCUGAUGGUUCCUCCAUCUCCUACCAAACCGACCGGACCGACCAGACCCCGUGCACGCCCGAGGAUGACCUGGAAGAGGGCAUGGCCAAGGAGGAGACGGAGCUGCGGUUCCGGCAGCUGACGAUGGAGUACCAGGCGCUGCAGCGCGCCUACGCCCUGCUGCAGGAGCAGGUCGGGGGCACCCUGGACGCAGAGCGCGAAGUCAAGACACGUGAGCAGCUCCAAGCAGAAAUACACCGGUCCCAGGCUCAGAUAGAAGACCUGGAGAAGGCUCUGGCUGAGCAGGGACAGGACAUGAAGUGGAUUGAGGAGAAGCAGGCGUUGUACAGAAGGAAUCAGGAACUGGUAGAAAAGAUCAGGCAGAUGGAGGCAGAGGAGGCACGCCUCAAGCACGACGUGCAGGACGCCAAGGACCAGAACGAGCUGCUGGAGUUCAGGAUCCUGGAGCUGGAGGAGAGGGAGAGACGGUCCCCGGCCAUCACCUUCCACCACGGCCCCUUCACGGAGGGGAAGAGCCCUCUGCAGGUGUACUGCGAGGCUGAAGGUGUAACAGACAUUGUAGUAGCAGAGCUGAUGAAAAAGUUGGACAUUUUAGGGGAUAACGCCGUAAGUAAUCUGACCAACGAGGAGCAGGUGGUCAUCAUCCAGGCCAGGACUGUCCUCACACUGGCUGAGAAGUGGCUCCAGCAGAUCGAGGUGACCGAGUCUGCGCUGCAGCAGAAGAUGCUGGACCUGGAGAACGAGAAGGAGCUGUUCAGCAAGCAGAAGGGAUACCUGGACGAUGAGCUGGACUUCAGGAAACAGUCCCUGGACCAGGCUCACAAGCAAAUUCUGGAAUUAGAAGCCAUGCUCUAUGAUGCCCUGCAGCAAGAAGCUGGAGCCAAAAUUUCCGAACUUCUUUCAGAAGAGGAGAAGGAGAAGCUGAAGAGCGCCGUGGAGCAGUGGAAGCGGCAGGUGAUGAGCGAGCUCCGUGAGAGGGACGCCCAGAUCCUGCGGGAGAGGAUGGAGCUCAUCCAGCACGCCCAGCAGAGAAUUAAAGAGCUAGAAGAAAGAAUUGAAGGCCAAAAAAGACAAAUAAAAGAGUUAGAGGAAAAGCUUUCAUUCUUUGGUCAUAGUCCUUCAGGCCACAUGCACAAGCCCCCUGAGGCCGCUGCAGCUGCUCCUGCUGUUCCUGCCCGAGGGACAGCCCUGCUUCCCGAGACCCACACAGAGACUUUGCCCCUUCCGCCCCGCAUCUGUCUCGUUCUUUGCUGCUGGCCACGGCAGCUGCAGCCUGUGGGACUUGCAGUGGGGCUGAGCUGGGCUGUGGGGGAGUCCCUGCACCCCCAAAACCCCCGAGGAGCCUUUGGAGAGGACAGAGCUGAGCCCACCAAGGAAGCCAGGAACCCCAAGAACACUGCUGCUGCCUGUCCUGCAGCCCAGGCUGCUCUGCUGGGCAGGCUCUGACAGCAGCACCUUCACUGAUUCAGAUACACUGAAUUUAUCCCCGUUCCCUGCUAAGCAGGUG